AUGAGUUUCAAAGGUCAUGACAUUACACAAGAUGAUACUCCUACCAAUAUUAGCCAUCUAGUAUUCGGAAUAACAAGCUUAUCUAGAACAUGGAAGAACAGAAUAUCUUACGUUGAAUCCUGGUGGAAACCAAACAUAACACGUGGAUUCGUGUUCCUCGAGAGCUUCCCAAAAGAUCAUCAAGUGCUUCCAUGGCCUUACUCUUCUUGUCCUCCUUUCAAGGUCUCAGAAGACACCUCGAGAUACAAAAUGUACGAUAAGCAUCCAAUUCAACAAACCAUACGAAUGGCUCGCGUUGUGGAAGAGACAUUUAAGAUGGAGAACAAGAGUGCUAGAUGGUACAUUAUGGCUGAUGAUGACACAAUUUUUUUCAUAGAUAAUUUGGUUGAGGUUUUGUCAAAGUAUGAUCAUAGGAAAUAUUUUUAUGUUGGGAUGAAUUCAGAAACACAUGCAUCAAACGUUGCACAUUCAUUUAAUAUGGCUUUUGGUGGUGGUGGUUAUGCUUUUAGUUAUGCACUUGUGGAGGCAAUGGUUGAGAAUUUGGAUAUUUGUAUCAAAAAGUAUCAAACUUAUUAUGGAGGUGACCAUAUUUUGCAGUCAUGUGUGGCUGAUUUAGGUGUUUCUCUCACUCAAGAAAAGGGCUUCCAUCAGAUAGACCUACAUGGAGACAUAUCUGGAUUUCUCUCAGCACAUCCACAAUCUCCUUUAAUUUCCCUUCACCAUCUUGAUUAUGUAGACCCAAUAUUUCCCUUCAUGAAUCAUUCACAAUCACUUAACCAUUUAAUGAAAGUUGCAAAAAAUGGACAAUUUCAAUCAAGACUCUUACAACAAAGCAUUUGUUAUCACAAGCCCAAAAAUUGGACAUUUUCAAUAUCAUGGGGUUACUCUAUUCAAAUUUAUGAGUCCAUUUUUCCACCAAGUUUUAUACAAAUACCUUUACAAACUUUUAUUCCAUGGAGCAAAUUGUAUAAACCUUUCUUUGUUUUUAACACUAGGUUGCCUAAUAAUAAUCCUUGUGACGCUCCACAUGUUCUUUUCUUUGAGUCCAUCAAGAAUAUGCGUAGUGGAAGUUAUAAUUUGGUUACAAAUUAUACUAGGAGAUAUUCAAGAAAAUUGCCACCUUGUUUAUCAAAUGGCAAUCACUCUGCAAAUCAUAUAUCAGAAAUACAUGUCCUUUCUCCCAUGAAGAAGCUUGACUGGGUGAAGUGUUGUGAUGUUGUUUACAAGGCAGAAAUGAAUGUUACAGAAAUCAAACUUAGAGAUUGCAUGUUGGAUGAAAUAAUUCCAUGA